UGCACGGCUAGUAUGGCCAUAAUAAGACAAGAUGUGAAGUGACUGUUUAAAUCGAGUCACUUUUUGAUAUCAGUCUUAAAUGUUAGCAUAGGGUGUACAUGGGACUCAUUUUAGUUGUGUGAUUGGAUAUAAGCCACAGUGACACUGAAACUUUUCUGCUCUGUGGAAAUAUGUAUUUCAUUCGUUCUUUUUUUUGAAAAUCCCUCAUUUGUGGCUCUUGUUUGUAUUGUCUAUGGUUUUUUUGACAGUUUAUGAGACAAUUUUUUUGACGUCUUCAAACGUCUAUUCUGUUUUCAUUAUUUCGGUUGCGUUUUAGAAUAAAUAAUAUACUUAUUAUAACUUAAACUUGAUAGGUAUUGAAUGUUAUAAACGACCUCGCUUGCCCAAAGGAGUUAGCCCUUAACUACUAAACAAUGGAAGGAAAAAAACAAAUCAGAAGCAACAAUGCACAACUGGCCAAGCUGGCCGAUAUAAUGAGCCAGGACCACAUGCUGGCCAAUGGCGAAUUCACAGGACCGUUAGGGGCAAGACUUAUGGAGGCAAAAUGGCAAGAGGUCCGAGACGUCCUUAAAGAAAUUGGCCCUGACAAAAGUAUUGUGCAGUGGAAGCAGACAUGGCGAGACCUUAAAAGAAAGGCGCGCAAAGAAAAUGCAGCAGCCAAUACUGCAAGAAAUGCCACUGGCAAUAUAAUAGAAGUGCCCAGUGUCUCCAAUGUUGCACUGAGAGUGCUAGACGCCACAGGGCAAGAUUGCUCUGUAGGAAUAGGCCCGGAGGAAACAAAUAUUGGGAGGGAAGUUAUUGUAGCAACCGAUGAGCCCAUUAUAACUAUUGAGACAGAAAUGGCUCUCCAUGAUUAUGCUGAAAGUAGUCCACUUAGGACCACCAGAGUCCGGCGUCGCCAGCGAUCUGGACAGCCCAGACAACAACAACCACCUGUUGCAUUUUUAAACAUGCAACAGGAACAUAAUAAUCUGUUGCAGCACCAAAAUGUCCUAUUAAAUAGACUUAAUGACACAGUCGAGGGAAAUUCCUAUACGGGCAACGUAUUUAAGAUAAGGGCAGAAAGAAGACGCAAUACUUUUGGCAGAAAAUGGUGGUGAAGAAAUAAUUAUUUUAUAGAUUAAGAUAUUAUGAGAUAUGUAAGACUGAUUAUUGUGACACUCGAUAGGUAAGAAUACCUAAUAAAGGAUAUUUUUUGUUGAUUUUA